AUGGACACGAGGCUGACAGAGCGUCUGCGAGAGCAGACGUUCUCAUCCGUUGAGCCGACGAGGAGGCGCCAACGGGCAGCCAAAGCUCCCUUGGCAGGCCAAGGAGCUUAUGGCUACAACAGCCCGUAUGGCUACGCGUACAGCGGCUACGCCACGCCUGGAGCAGCCACUCGCUCCGCAGCAUCAUCGCCAUACCAAGGCAGCGCCUACAGCCAGUUUGGAGGCGUUCCGACAGAGCUCUACCCUCAGGAGCCUGCAUCAGAGUCGCUCAAGAUUUACAGUGACCUCUUUGAAGAGGUCAUUGAACGCGAUCGUGUGUUUGGAUCCUUGUUGCGAAAGGUCAAGGCGGCCUAUGACUCUCACUUGACCAGAGAGGUGGGAGCGGUGCCGCCAAUGCCCGGUGUCGCAGAAAGCCUUCCAAAGGCCCUGCCCAGAGGCCUUGCAAGCGAGCCGGUUCUCGCCCCUGAGGUCUCGCAAGUAGAUGCUUCGCAGCCAUGGGAACUGCACCGCGAGAACCAGGCUCUCAAGGACCUGAUCGAAAGGUUGCACAUGGAACUGGAGGUGGCUGUCAAGCGUGAACAGCGCUGGAAGAACAAGGCUUCAAAGCUCAAGGCGCGUGCAAAUGCAUCCCGCCUGUCCAGCAGCACCCAGUUGAUGGCCCCGGCGCAGGAAACACCCUCCUACUGGGCCGGCGCAGGCCAUGGUUUUCCGCAGAUGGACGCUCAGUGGGAUGCGAUGGGCGCGCUGGGAGCGCGCGGGCCUCUCCAUGAGCCCAGGUUCCAUCUGCAUCCUUUACAUCUUACCGGCAAAGAUCCACCAUCCCUCUGCGUCCCAGGUGCUGAACCAAUUGGACCGCCUUUGACGCUGACUCCAGAAAAUGUGGAGGUAGUCCUUCAGGAGGCUCGGUACCAUCACAUGCAAAACUGCUUUGGCUAUGUAGAGGAGAGCACGGGUGCUGGCAUUUCGGGAAAAGUCGACCUUGUGGAAGUGGAGGGCCCCAUGGUGAUCAUUCACCUGUACGGUGCAUUCUGGCACAAGCGCGAGGACGUCCUCCGGCGGGUGAAGAAGUACCUGAUCCAGCGCAUCCCCGAGAUCGCAGAUGUCGAUGUGGAAGACCCGGACGACCUGGUCGAUGAAGGUCGUGACCGCUCCGGCACUUUCUACCAUCGCCACUGA